CCAUGGGGACCAGGAGCCACCACCUCCACCUGAGCCUUCUGUUCCUGCAACUUCUUCCAGCAGUGUUCCUUGGAGCUGAGGGCAGGCUGGCUCACAAGCUGUUUCGUGACCUGUUUGCCAACUAUACAAGUGCCCUGAGACCUGUGGCAAACACAGACCAGACUCUGAAUGUGACCCUGGAAGUGACAUUGUCCCAGAUCAUUGACAUGGAUGAACGGAACCAGGUGCUGACACUAUACCUGUGGAUCCGCCAGGAGUGGACAGAUGCUUACCUAAGAUGGGACCCCAGUGCUUAUGGUGACCUGGAUGCAAUUCAAAUUCCCAGCAGUCUAGUGUGGCGGCCAGACAUCGUUCUCUAUAACAAAGCAGACACGCAGCCACCAACCUCAGCCAGCACCAACGUGGUUGUGCGGCACGACGGCGCCGUGCGCUGGGACGCACCGGCCAUCACGCGCAGCUCGUGCCGCGUGGACGUGUCGGCCUUCCCGUUCGACUCCCAGCGCUGCGGCCUGACCUUCGGCUCGUGGACGCACGGCGGCCACCAGCUGGACGUGCGUCCGCGCGGCGCCUCCGCCAGCCUGGCGGACUUCGUGGAGAACGUGGAGUGGCGCGUGCUGGGCAUGCCGGCGCGGCGGCGCGUGCUCACCUACGGCUGUUGCUCGGAGCCCUACCCAGACGUGACCUUCACGCUGCUGCUGCGCCGCCGCGCCGCCGCCUACGUGUGCAACCUGCUGCUGCCCUGCGUGCUCAUCUCGCUGCUCGCGCCGCUGGCCUUCCACCUGCCCGCAGACUCGGGCGAGAAGGUGUCGCUGGGCGUUACCGUGCUGCUGGCGCUCACUGUCUUCCAGCUGAUCCUGGCAGAGAGCAUGCCACCUGCGGAGAGCGUGCCGCUCAUCGGGAAGUACUACAUGGCCACUAUGACCAUGGUCACAUUCUCCACAGCACUCACCAUCCUCAUCAUGAAUCUGCAUUACUGUGGUCCCAGUGCCCAUCCAGUGCCUGCCUGGGCACGAGUCCUCCUGCUUGGACACCUGGCAAGAGGCCUGUGUGUGAGAGAACGAGGGGAGCCCUGUGGGCAGUCCAAGCUACUAGAGGCAGCCCCCAGCUUCCAGCCUCCAGCUGGCCCCACAGCUGGACCUUGCCUUGAGCCACGGUGUCUCUGCCACCAGGAGGCCCUGCUGCACCACGUAGCCUCCAUUGCCAGCACCUUCCAUAGCCACCGGGUUGCCCAGCGCUAUCAUGAAGACUGGAAGCGCCUGGCCCAUGUGAUGGACCGCUUCUUCCUGGGCAUCUUCUUCUGCAUGGCCCUGAUCAUGAGCCUCCUGGUCCUGAUGCAAGCCCUGUAAAGGGCAGGAACUGGGUCCCGGGAGUGACUGCACUGUCAGCACCUCCAGGCAGGCAUGGCAAAAGCCAAAUGCUUGUUGGUUCUCAGGCUAAACUGUCUCUAACCCCACUACUGCUAAAAACCUGGGACAUUUUCUCUUCAGGACCAGCUCAACUAACUUCACAAUCCACAAGAGCCUAUCCACAUGGUCUGUGUGCUCUGAGAGUGAUCCAGAGCCUGCCUCGACCCUGAUUCCAAAAGGAUUGAGAUCAGAGUACAGACUUUGAGGGCAAGAUGCAAUGUCAGCUGAAUAUAGUGGGUAUUAUACUCCUGUAAUCCCAGCACUUGGGAGGCAGAAGCAGUUUGAUCUCUG